AUGACGACCAUAACUCCUCAGGACCAGGACCAAUUGGCCUAUGUACGGUCCGUAUCUUCUCACUCGGACAAAGAGAAGAGUGCCAUUACCACCGACAUCACCUCCGUGUCUGAUGAGUCUGAAGGGAAGUUAGAACCCGUGCGAUUCAUCAACACAGAUGACCCGUUUCCGGAGUCUCCGGAUGCGCCUGUUGAGGAACAACAGCUAACUAUUCGAGCCGUACUAGUCGGCUGCAUGUUGGGCGGCAUCAUCGCAGCUAGCAACAUCUACCUGGGUCUCAAGACGGGGUGGACGUUUGGCUCGUCACUCUUCGGCGCCAUCUUAGGCUUCGCAAUUUUGAAACCACUGUCAAGAAGUGCACCCACUUUCCUUGGCGGAGGCUAUUUUGGGCCCAAAGAAAACAACAUUUGUCAAUCAGCUGCUACGUCAGCAGGAAGUCUUGGAUUGCUCUUCACCUCAGGUUUUCCCGCCGCUUACCAGCUUGGACUGUUGAGCGUCCACCCUAAAGAUGACUUUGCCAGACUGAUCACUUUCACCAUUUGUUGCGCAUUCUUCGGUUUGAGCUUCACUCAACCGCUGAGGAAAUUCUACAUUUUGAAGUUAAAGCUCGUAUUUCCUUCCGGUGUGGCUGCUGCGUACACGAUCCAUUCCUUGCAUGUCGGCAUAAACGCAGAGGCAACAGCAAGGAAGAAAACCAAGGCACUGAUAUGGGCCUUCGUCUUUGCCAUUAUUUUGCGGGUGGUCAGCGAGUAUGCUCCGGGAAUGCUUUGGGAUUGGCAUGUUUUCUACGCUCUGAACAGAAUCGGGUGGAGUUCAGCAAUUGCCGCUGAGAGCUGGGGAUGGAUUUGGGAGUGGACGCCCGCGUUCAUUGGUGUAGGGAUGCUCACAGGCAUCAACGCCUCGUAUAGCUUCCUCGGUGGAAGUUUUUUCGCGUGGGCUAUUUUGGGUCCUAUAAUUGUUGCAAAAGGACUGGCUUUCGGGACCAUUGCAAACCCAUCUAUACCUGGAUACAUGAAUUAUAUGGGAAUGAGUCUUACAGAUCCCAUCCAUCAUCCAUCUCCUAGAUACUGGCUGAUCUGGCCGGGCACACUGAUGCUCCUGUGCGCAAGUUUUGCAGAAGUGGGGUGUAAUUGGAAGUCCUUGUAUGCCGGAAUGCGCUCCGCAUGUGGAACGCUCCUGCAGCGGUUCUCGAAAGACAAUGUAGAGGACGAUUCCUUUGAUCCUGUACCCGAGCACGAACGUGUCCCCUUCUGGGCCUGGGGUUCUCUCCUUGUCCUCAGUACCAUCAUUACGUGCGUCGUGAUGGAUGUCCAGUUCGGACAGAACGUUGGUGUCACCCUCCUUGCAAUUCUAUUCUCCUUCUUAUUCAGCUUCAUUGGUUGUGAAAGUGCUGGUCGGACGAACAUUAAUCCCGUCACAUCAAUCGGUAAUGCUUCGCAGCUGAUCUUCGGAGGUUUAGGGAGGGGUCAGAACUACGCCGUCAAACGAGGCGAACUCCUAAACUUGCUUUCUGGAAUGUUGACACUAGGCAAGGUUCUUUGUUCAGACACGGAAUAUCUGUUGAUGCUGUUAUUAGCUGCGCAUAUGGUUGGGGACCUGAAGACUACGCACCUCCUCCGAUCAUCUCCAAAGGCUGUAUUCGUUGCUCAACUCUUCGGAGCCGUGGUAUCAAUUUUUGUAUCAGCUGGUCUCUACGUUGUGUUUUCUACUGCUUACCCCUGCAUCAAUGACCUGAACCACACGACAUGCGCAUUCCCAACGCCUGAUGUGCAGUCAUGGCGUGCAGUGGCUGUUGCUGUAUCUUCGAGCACGUUACCCAUUCCGCCGUCGUCUGGAUAUGCCGCCAUCGCACUUGGAUUAGCAGCUGUCCUCUCUGUCGUGGCCAAGUAUACUGUGGUGCCUCCGAAAUAUCACGACUUCAUACCCAACUUCAACGCUAUUGGAAUUGGGUUUAUCAUGAGUAAGUUCUUUAACAACUAUCAAAUGUACUGUUUUGCUAUUGCCGCGGGCUUUAUUGCAGGAGAAGGUCUCGGUGGUAUCGUGAAUGCUAUUUUCACAAUCGCGGGCAUUUCUGGUGCAACACAUGGGACAUCCGUCGGGUGUCCUGGAGGCGUUUAUUGCGGAUAG